CUCCAAGAUGGCGGCCGUGUCAGUUUGGGGCAUCUCCGCGGUCCGGCCCGGGGCCCCGCUUACCCGGCGCUCUUCUCCCCCGGCAUAAGAUGCACAUUUUUCUGCUGGGAAUGAGAUGUUCUUGAGUUCUUACAACUUUAUGAACAGACCCAUGUGUGGUGCUAUUGAGAAGUUUGAAGAUAUUUCAGAUAACAGGUUGUUUUGGUUUCUAAAGUAAAAGUGGGGAGGCACUCUGUUUUGUGAAAGGAGGAAGGACUCAGGCCAGAAAACUUGUAUGCUAUGGUUAACUGGUUCCCAGCCUCCGGGAAUGUUGUUUUCCAUGGUGUAAAACUUAUUCAGCAUCAGGAUAAGGGAUAACGACUCUAUGGAUAUACAGAAUCCUUCACCAUGGUAAAACUCGCCAACCCGCUGUAUACGGAGUGGAUUUUGGAGGCCAUCAAAAAAGUGAAGAAGCAAAAACAGCGUCCUUCAGAAGAAAGGAUAUGCAAUGCAGUGUCUUCAUCCCAUGGCUUGGAUCGUAAAACUGUUUUAGAACAAUUGGAGUUGAGUGUCAAAGAUGGAACAAUUUUGAAAGUCUCAAAUAAAGGACUCAAUUCCUAUAAAGAUCCUGAUAAUCCUGGGCGAAUAGCACUUCCUAAACCUCGAAACCAUGGAAAAGUGGAUAAUAAACAAAAUGUAGACUGGAAUAAACUGAUCAAGCGGGCAGUCGAGGGCUUGGCAGAGUCUGGUGGCUCAACUUUGAAAAGCAUUGAACGUUUUUUGAAAGGUCAGAAGGAUGUGUCUGCAUUGUUUGGAGGCGGUGCUGCCUCUGGCUUUCACCAGCAGUUACGAUUGGCUAUUAAACGCGCCGUUGGCCACGGCAGACUCCUUAAAGAUGGACCUCUUUAUCGGCUCAACACUAAAGCAACCAAUGUGGAUGGGAAAGAGAGUUGUGAGUCUCUUUCUUCUUUACCUCCAGUGUCACUCCUUCCACAUGAAAAGGAUAAGCCAGUUGCUGAACCAAUCCCCAUCUGUAGUUUCUGUCUUGGUACAAAAGACCAAAACCGAGAAAAGAAGCCAGAGGAACUAAUCUCCUGUGCAGACUGCGGCAACAGUGGUCAUCCAUCCUGUUUAAAGUUUUCCCCUGAGCUAACGGUUAGAGUGAAGGCCUUACGGUGGCAGUGCAUCGAGUGUAAAACGUGCAGCUCCUGUCGAGAUCAAGGCAAAAAUGCAGAUAACAUGCUCUUUUGUGAUUCCUGUGACCGAGGUUUUCACAUGGAGUGUUGUGAUCCGCCACUCACCCGGAUGCCAAAAGGCAUGUGGAUAUGUCAGAUAUGUCGACCUAGGAAAAAAGGACGAAAACUUCUACAGAAGAAGGCGGCACAGAUAAAACGGCGCUAUGCUAAUCCAAUAGGACGUCCAAAAAACAGGUUAAAGAAACAAAACACGGUGUCAAAAGGUCCCUUCAGCAAAGUUCGAACAGGCCCUGGAAGGGGUCGGAAACGUAAAAUCACUCUCUCCAGCCAGUCAGCGUCGUCAUCAGAAGACGGAUAUCUAGAGCAAAUAGAUGGCUUGGACUUCUGCAGAGAUGGCAGCGUCCCCUUGAAGUUCAAUAAGAAAACCAAAGGGCUCAUCGAUGGCCUUACCAAAUUCUUUACCCCUUCCCCUGAUGGGCGGAAACCUCGAGGGGAGGUGGUGGACUACUCUGAGCAAUAUAGAGUCAGGAAAAAGGGCAACAGAAAAUCAAGCACUUCAGAUUGGCCCACAGACAAUCAGGAUGGCUGGGACGGCAAACAAGAAAGUGAGGAACGGCUUUUUGGGAGCCAGGAAAUCAUGACUGAGAAAGAUAUGGAAUUAUUUCGUGAUAUCCAAGAACAAGCACUGCAGAAAGUUGGAGUGACUGGUCCCCCUGAUCCACAAGUCCGCUGUCCCUCUGUUAUUGAGUUUGGGAAGUAUGAAAUCCACACCUGGUACUCUUCUCCAUAUCCUCAAGAAUACUCAAGGCUGCCUAAGUUGUAUCUCUGUGAAUUCUGUCUAAAAUAUAUGAAAAGUAGAACUAUUCUACAGCAGCACAUGAAGAAAUGUGGUUGGUUCCAUCCUCCUGCUAAUGAGAUUUAUAGAAAGAAUAACAUUUCUGUCUUUGAGGUUGACGGGAAUGUGAGUACCAUUUAUUGUCAGAACCUGUGUCUUUUGGCAAAAUUGUUUCUUGACCACAAAACACUCUAUUAUGACGUGGAGCCAUUUCUUUUUUAUGUACUAACCCAGAAUGAUGUCAAGGGCUGCCACCUUGUUGGCUAUUUUUCUAAAGAAAAGCACUGCCAACAGAAGUACAACGUUUCCUGUAUAAUGAUUCUUCCCCAGUACCAACGCAAGGGCUAUGGCAGGUUUCUCAUCGAUUUCAGUUAUUUGUUAUCAAAGCGUGAAGGCCAAGCAGGGUCUCCAGAGAAACCGUUAUCCGAUCUAGGUCGUCUUUCCUACAUGGCUUAUUGGAAAAGUGUAAUAUUGGAGUGCCUUUAUCACCAAAACGACAAGCAAAUCAGCAUUAAGAAGUUAAGUAAGUUGACUGGAAUCUGCCCUCAAGACAUUACUUCCACACUCCACCACCUGCGAAUGCUGGACUUCCGGAGUGACCAAUUUGUGAUUAUCCGCCGGGAAAAACUGAUCCAAGAUCACAUGGCAAAGCUUCAGCUGAAUCUGCGGCCUGUGGAUGUAGAUCCAGAGUGUUUGCGCUGGACUCCUGUCAUAGUCUCCAAUUCCGUCGUCUCGGAGGAGGAGGAAGAGGAGGAGGAAGAGGAGGAGGAGGAAGAGGAGGAGGAGGAGGAGGAGGAGGAGGAGGGAGAACAGGAAGAGCCUCAGAGCCAGGAAGGAGAAUUAGAGCCGAGUGUGGGGAAGUCUGCAUCUCGUGAGAACAAAGAACAAGAUUCUUAUUCUUCAAUAGAAAGUGAAAAGAAACCAGAAGUUACAGCACCAGCCAGUUCUACGCGUUUGAACAAACAGGUCCUUCCCCGUGACAGUCUUCCUGCCAAUAAUCAGCCAUCUCGGAGAGGCCGCUGGAGGAGGAAGAACAGAAAAGCCCAGGAGCGCUUUGGUGAUGAGGAUUCAAAACUGCUUUUGGAGGAGACAUCAGCUCCUCCGGAGCAGUAUGGAGACUGUGAGGAAAAAUCAGAAACCUGCCAAGAAGAGUACACGGAAGGCCAGGAGCAGUCGGCAGCCUCGCAGGAGCAGCCGAGCCAGGACGCGAAGCCAGACGGUCCCAAAAGAAGACCGAGUGAGGGGCUCGAGCUCUGGCGAGGACCGCUCAAGAAAAGCCCCGAGCCUCUGAAGUGUGGGCUGCCAGAAAGCCACGACAGGCUGCCCCGUCGCUACAGUGAAGGUCGCUACAGCGAUGGGGACAGGGCCCUCCUGCGGGGCUGCAGCGAGAGCAGCGAGGAGGAGGGGGAGCCCGAGAGCCCGCGGUCCAGCUCGCCCCCGGUCCUCACCAAGCCCACGCUGAAGCGGAAGAAACCAAUUCUUCACCGAAGAAGGCGAGUCCGAAAGCGCAAACACCACAAUAGCAGUGUGGUCACAGAAACCAUUUCUGAGACCACGGAGGUCUUAGACGAGCCUUUUGAAGACUCUGACUCAGAGAGGCCGAUGCCAAGAUUAGAACCCACGUUUGAGAUUGACCAGGAGGAAGAGGAAGAGGAUGAGAACGAACUCUUCUCUCAAGGGUACUUCCGUCACUUGUCCUCACAGGACGUUCUCAGGUGUCGACCCGCUUCUAAGAGGAAGUCUAAAGACAGAGACGAAGACGAAGAUUCAGAUGAUGCUGACGACACUCCUAUCCUAAAGCCAGUAUCUCUUUUGAGAAAAUGUGAUGUGAAGGAUUCUCCACUUGAGCCAGAUACAUCCACGCCCACGAAAAAGAAGAAGGGAUGGCCCAAGGGCAAGAGCCGCAAACCAGUCCACUGGAAGAAAAGACCUGGUCGCAAGCCGGGACUUAAGCUGAAUCGGGAGCUGGCAGCCGUUUCUACUCGAGAAUGCGUUGUUGAGCCUGUUGUCCCCCUUCCUGAGCCUGGACGUGAACCCCAAGUUCAAGAGAACCAGGAAGCUGUUGGACCACGAGAAGACUUGCCUUUAAGGGAGGAAAGGAAGGAAGGGGAGGAGCUGCCCCUGGAAGCGGAGGAGGGGGAGGAAGGGGAGGAGGAGGAGGACACCACCAGCAGUGACGUCAGGGCAGCCUCUCCGGCAGACAGUUGCAGCCCCGAGACCGGAGCCAAGGGGCCUGAGGUGGGUGAGGAGGAGGAGGAGCCCCGCGCCCCUAUGGGGCAGCAGCCGUCGGAGGAGGGGCCGCAGGACCUGGCUCAGCGUGCACGUGAGGAGGAGGAGGAGGAGGAAGAGGAGGAGGAGGACGCCGCCGUGGAGACCCAGCAGAGCGAAGACCGCGACGCGGAUGAUGAGGACGAUGGCCACCUGGAGUCCACAGAGAAGAAGGGGCCGGAGGAGCAGCCGGCUGGGGGCGACGUCAAGGAGGAGCACGGUGGCCAGGAGUCUUUUUUAGAUCCUGAUGUGCACAGCAGUCGGGAGCACGCAAAAGACAAGGAGGAGACAGAGCCGGAUUCCGAAGAGGAGCAGACUUCCCACGAAGCAUCCGUGGUCUCGGAGCACAUGCCAGGCUCUGAGGACGACCACGAGGAGGACUCCCACUCUAAAGAAGAGCUGCUGCAGCUGAAAGAGGAGGCGGAGAUCCCUCACAGUGACCUGGAUCUGGAAACCGUGCAGGCCGUGCAGUCUUUGACUCAGGAGGAGAGCAGCGAGCAUGAGGGCGCCUACCAGGACUGUGAGGAAACCCUGGCGGCCUGUCAGACCCUGCAGAGCUACACCCAGGCCGACGAGGACCCGCAGCUGCCCCUGGUGGAGGACUGCCACGCCUCGGAGCACAACAGCCCGCUGUCUUCUGUCCAGUCCCACCCCAGCCAGUCGGUGCGCUCGGUCGGCAGUCCCAGUGUGCCUGCCCUCGAAGGGGGCUACACCCAGAUCAGCCCAGAGCAAGGAUCCCUGUCCGCGCCGUCUAUGCAGAACAUGGAGACCAGCCCCAUGAUGGAUGUGCCUUCCGUAUCGGACCACUCCCAGCAGGUGGUGGACAGCGGCUUCAGCGACCUGGGCAGCAUCGAGAGCACCACGGAGAACUAUGAGAACCCCAGCAGUUACGACUCCACUAUGGGCGGCAGCAUCUGCGGGAACAGCUCCUCCCAGAGCAGCUGCUCCUAUGGCGGCCUGUCGUCCUCCAGCAGCCUCACCCAGAACAGCUGCGUGGUCACCCAGCAGAUGGCCGGCGUGGGCGGCAGCUGCAGCCUGAUGCCGCAGAGCAGCGUCCCGCCCGCCGCCGCCACCUGCAGCAUCAAGUCCCCUCAGAGCUGCGCAGUGGAGCGGCCUCCCAGCACCCAGCAGCCACCGCCGCCCCAGCCGCCCCCGCAAGCGCCGCCCGCCCCGCCGCCGGCCCCGCCGCCACCGCCACCGCCGCCGGCCCCGCAACCGCCGCCCCCGCCCCCGCAGCCCCAGCCGCCGGCCCCGCCGCCACAGCAGCAGCAGCCCCCGCUGUCCCAGUGCAGCAUGAACAGCAGUUUCACCCCAGCGCCCAUGAUCAUGGAGAUCCCAGAAUCUGGAAGCACGGGGAACAUCAGCAUCUACGAGAGGAUCCCUGGGGACUUCGGGGCCGGCAGCUACUCCCAGCCGUCAGCCACCUUCAGUCUAGCCAAGUUGCAGCAGCUGACCAACACCAUUAUGGACCCUCAUGCCAUGCCUUAUAGCCAUUCUCCUGCUGUGACUUCCUAUGCAACCAGUGUUUCUCUGUCCAACACGGGACUGGCUCAGCUGGCUCCGUCGCACCCCUUGGCUGGGACCCCUCAAGCACAAGCCACCAUGACGCCGCCCCCGAACUUGGCCUCCACUACCAUGAACCUCACGUCCCCUCUGCUGCAGUGCAACAUGUCUGCCACCAACAUUGGCAUUCCCCACACUCAGAGGCUGCAAGGGCAGAUGCCAGUCAAGGGGCACAUCUCCAUCCGCUCCAAGUCCGCGCCCCUGCCCUCCGCGGCAGCUCACCAGCAGCAGCUGUAUGGCCGCAGCCCACCUGCGGUCGCCAUGCAGGCUGGCCCUCGUGCGUUGGCUGUUCAGCGUGGCAUGAACAUGGGGGUUAAUUUGAUGCCAACCCCCGCCUAUAAUGUCAAUUCCAUGAAUAUGAACACCUUGAACGCCAUGAACAGCUAUCGGAUGACGCAGCCCAUGAUGAACAGCAGUUACCAUAGUAACCCUGCCUACAUGAACCAGACAGCACAGUAUCCUAUGCAGAUGCAGAUGGGGAUGAUGGGGAGCCAGGCCUAUACCCAGCAGCCUAUGCAGCCAAACCCUCAUGGAAACAUGAUGUACACGGGCCCCUCCCAUCACAGCUACAUGAACGCUGCUGGCGUGCCCAAGCAGUCACUCAACGGACCUUACAUGAGAAGAUGAGCAAGACGAACUUGCAGUUAAAAACUUAAAUAUAUAUAAAUAAAGGAACCUUUUAUACUGACAAACCAGAGAAAAAUGGACCUUUUUUCCAGUUAAAAUAUUGCUGUAGAUUUAGAGGAAUUUUUCUUUGGUUUAUUUUAUUUUUUAGAAAACCUGGUCUUCUCUUUUUUGGGGGGUUCAUUUUGUUCUGGGUUUUGGUUUUCUUCACAAUCUUGAACAUUUUACAAUAGAACUCAUCUAAAAAUGGAUUUGGGGAUGGGGAAACAUGCACAAAAAUCUUUUCAUAAUUAAAAAGAGCCUUACUUUCUUUACACACCACAUGGACAGACUUUGUGUAAGAGUGAAUUAUCUUUAUUUUAUUUUAAGAUGUAUGUUUCCCCUCAGUGUUUGCAGCUCCCAAUGUUGUCAUUUUUAAAUGUUAUAUAUACAUCUCGAGGGUUAGCCAGACCCUUUCCUCCACACCCAGCCUUUCAUUCCCUACUUCAUUCCAGCAGGAGGCACUUAUGGGAGACUCGGACGGGGACAUGGAGAACAACCCAAGCUCCUUAAACUUAUUAUUAUUGUUAAUAUUAUUAUUAUUAUUAAUAAAGUGAGGCAGGAAAAUGCUUCUUCUCUUAAAAUCCCCUCCACUCCCUACACACACACAAACACACACACACACACACACCUCUUGAAACCUUUCCACAAGAAUGUUUCUAUAAGUGAACUUCAUUGAAAUGUUUGUUUUUCUUAAAUCAAGUGUAAUAUAAUUUUUUUUUAAACUACUCCCACUCAGCACUCAGAGACACAAAAAUACUGUAAGUCUCAGUUAACAGCGGAAUCUCAGAGGAAAGCUGUUUGCAGUCCUAAUCCAGCCUUGGAGGAAUAGAUGGUCAAUUAACAAUCAAAAAGAGGCAGUUAACCUCUUGUUUUUUACCACCUGGUGAAUCAGCCAUACGCACAUAUUCCACGCAGCCUCUUGUUUUUAGUAUGUACUUUGAGAUGCCAAGGGUCUUGAUUCUUGAGCCUUUGACUCUGAUUAAACUCAAACAGCAGUCCCCAGUGAUUAGCCUCUUACAUUCUCACGUAAAGCGUUGGUGGAUGACUGUACAUGUCAGUGAUUUGAGAAAUAGCUGACUAACCUUUGACACUGUUUACUUUGUGUUGGAAGAGAUGACGCAGAAUGUGUGUCGUGAGGGAGAUCGUGGUGUGAGUUUUAUAGCUACUUCAGUGAUACAUACCUCUAGUUUUCCUUUGUCUUUUGAGAUCCUGAGUUCCUCCCCUGUGAAUCAGAGUGCGCCAGCCCCUCUCCUGUGAGUGGCUGAAGAGAAGAGGGAUUAAACCAACCACCAGCAUAGUAGGGCAAAUCUGGACAGCAGGGUUUUAGCAGGCUCCUGUGUUGCUCCCAGCUUCAUUCUCUUUUCUCUUGUGCAGCCAGUUCGCCCAUUCUCUUCUUGUUACUUGCUCCAGGGAUAGGUAAAAAAAAUAUAUAUAUAUAUAUAUGUAUAUGUAUAUAUACAUAUACAUAUAUACGUUCCAUCAUUAGAAGAUGGAGACUAUUAUACCACUUGGUAUGUGCAGUCAAAUAUCCAAAAGGGGGAAGUACUGCUUAAAGAAAUAUCUGUAAGCAUUAAAUUCUCUCCUUUAUUUGUACAUUUUAUAUAGAUAAAUUUUUGAAGUACAAAUUAGGCAUUAAAUUUUUUCAAAUGCACAGGUUUGUUGGGUUUUUUUAUACACUUUAAUUGACUUUCUCAAUUAAACGUGUUAGGUAGAAAAAGGCAGAAUUCCACAUCUUACCGCUGUCGAUUCUGAGCAUGUGCAAGGCUGUGUAGGACCCAGUUCCUCUGUAUAUACUGUUCCAGUUCCCAGUCCUCUGUGUAGAACGUGCACUGUGCUGCCCUCUGCCUACUCUUCGGCGCUGUCAUUGCUUCCUGGUUGGG